UUUCCUGUCAAGCGGGGAAAGAGUUUCCUCAGUUAUCGUGAAACCUUGUCCAGUGGAACUCGCAGUCAUGACAACAAACGAAUCCCCAGAGGAGAACAUUUUGUUGAAUGCAUCUGACAACACUUCCACUGAAAAAGCGUCCCCACCAUACUCAAAACUGAAGUAUCACUAUGCCGCUAUCUGGCUGAUCGGACUCUAUAUUCCCUUUGUCAUAAUACCAUGGACAGCCACGGUCGUCUUAUCCUAUCGUCCAAUCGCAAAAUUCGCAAAUACAUAUUACUACCCGCCGGGCUUUACUACCGAUGAGUUCAAGCAUUUGCAGUCAUGGGUGACCGCCGUGAAUGUGCUUAAUUCCAUUGCGAGUUUGCUUGCGGUUCCCGUUGUUUCGUUCGUGAUCGCGCAGACCGCAGUGGUGUUUAGUCAACAAAAGACUCCGACGCGUCAGUUGAGUGUGCGUGAUGUUUUCGCUCUCGCGGACCGCGCUUGGACCGACGUUAGUGUCCUGUUCAAGCUCCUGCGGGCGAAAGGGCACGGAUCAAGGGCAUUCAAUGGCUUUGUUGCUUUAGCUUCGACAUUGUUACUAUUCAGUGCGCUGCAACCCCCAUUAUACCAAGUUUUGGUGAAUUGGAAGAACAUCAACGUUCCAUCUGGACUUUUAGGGGAAAUAAAUAUACGGCACCCAUCACCAAAUACUGAGAUUUCAACGCCUGUGCUCGAUACUAUUCCCCUCGGAACUGAUGCUGACCCUGCGAUAAUGGAGAUGAUCCCACAUGCCACGGUCGUGCAGAAUGUACAGCUAGAACUUCCUUCGAUGAGGUGGUCGGCACCUGAGACAUAUAUGUGGAUUGAUUUCAAUGGGACACAGCCUCCGAAUAACCAGCUCCCCAACCAACAGGGAGAUGGAGUUAAUAGUUUACUCAACAUUCGGAUGGGUGAAAAGCCAAGAGGUCAGCAGAUACUCCCGGCUUUCAUUUCAGCGUUUCCAUACAAUACAACGACGGGAACAAAGCGAUACCACGUUAUGCGCUUGAACUCUUCUGUGGAGUGUGAAUUCUUGUCCAAGGAUACGUUCCCUGCGACCUGCUCCGGCAGCAAACCAUAUGAGACGUCGAUAACAAUGCAGAACGAAACAUCUUCGACCGAACUGCGAGUAUGCAUUCCAGGAGUAUGGGGAACUUCACCGUGGACUCGAAGUCGAAAUAGACAAGACACCAAAGAAGAAGUUUUCCUGCAACUGUUGGGUGGUUCAAAUCAAAAUGAUUCGAUUAUCCACUGCUCCGCUGCCACAACGAGGGGCUACUUCGAACUCGGCAAUUACAGAAUUAAUGGAGCAUACGGACGACUACUGGAUCAUUGGCCAUCCCCCGAGAUAAUAGAAAGGGAUUUCAACGACAAAGGCUCGCACUGCGUAAAGGAGGAAAGCCCUGAAUUAGGUUGCAGACCAGAAUCGUACUAUCCAACAGAGUGGGACAACAAGACAGACAAAGUUGAGAGCUGGAAUGCCUCAGCUGAGCCCGAGUAUAUGCGCUGGAACGCCUCGGGUCCGCUCGUCACCUCCGCUGCAGCAAUCUUCGGAAACAACUCCUGGAUACGCGUUGUAGCCAAUCUAACAUCGACACAGACCAACUCUUCCGAUAGCUACACAUCCAUGCCACCCUGGUGGAAACCAAUCUGUGAGAGACAGCCUUUGUACCACUCCAGCUUUGGCGUGAGGAGUUGCGAGGACCUAACUCCCAGCGAAGCAGUCGGACGUUGGCUCACCUAUUCCUUCGAUCCAGAAUCAAUGGAAAGACUGUUGUUCUCAAGCAUGGUGUUGGCGAACAAAGCUAUUCUCCUCAUACACAGAAACAACGAAGCUCCCCGCAAGCUCUGGGAAAUCCAAGGCCGGGCCAUAGAAUAUAGUCCUGGCUUUUCUAUACUCAAACCGGAUGUUUCACUCGCCUCCAUCAUCGUCAUCUCAAUUAUACUAGCCAUUCAGAUUUUUGGCCUCGUAUUGUGCGGCAUAUACAUUGCGCGCGUACCAACUUGGACUAGGUCAUUCAAUGCAAUGGCUAUAGCGAGGAUAGGAUCUGGCUUGGCGAAAGAUCACUUGCCGAUUGAUGGGCAGUAUGCAGAGGAUGAAGACUACCAGAGGUUGAGGACUGCUGGCAUACCUUUGAGCAUGGCCUCCGCGAAUGCAAUCGUGUGCCGACGUAAAAAGGGUUCUCAGGUCAAGAAAUAG